CCGCAGUCUUCGGGCUCGGCGGGGUCGCAGCACUCGCCUGGGGCUUCUGCAGAUCCUUCAGGCACAGGCACGUCUCCCUCCGGUCGCUCUGGGCCCCUCGCAUAUCCAAGUGUAAAGCCCAGGCGAGAGCGUAACCACGAGUCCCCUCACAAGGUGCUUCCGGCGAAGGUCGAGGACGCGAACGCAGCAGGCAGUGAACAUUCUGACUUCGGUGUCUCAUCCGAACGAGAAGCCCCGCUCCUGGGCUUCGACGCCAGGAAACCGGACUCGGACCUUGGGUUCGAUAGCGAGCAUGAAGGAGAGCGCUUGGCUAUUUUAGACGGUGAAAGCCUUUCUCCAACUAGUGACACUGUUGCCACUGAAGACCAGACUCAUAGCGAUGGGGACGGUAGUAGAGGAGGUCGUGGCGGUCCGCGGGGCCGCAGUCGUGGAGGUUCAUUUGGAACUGAUUCACCAGCUGCAAGGCCCACGCGAAUGCCAAAGGGGCAGGCGCGUCCAACUGUGUUCGAGGGCCAGGAGCGCGGCCGAGAUGGACGACGCCAGGAGCACGCAGCAGAUCGCGAGAGAAAACAUGACUCUGAUUCCGAAUCUCAACAAGCAGGCCCCGCUCCUCCUUUUAUCAGGGGCGACUUUGCUUCGGGAGCGGAGACUGGGGACAGCAAUUAUUCCGCGGAUAUGGAAAGCGAUGAAGGCGCUUCUCGACGACUACCGGCCCAAAAGAGCGGAGAAGACCUCUCUUCUAUCGACGAGUCCGAAAGCGAAGGACAGCGCGCAGUGGGAGGGCUGAGGCGCCCUGCCUUUGGAGUCGACGAAGAAGUCUCACAGACUUCGGACGUGGAUUCGGAGCAGCCGCUCCUGGGCGCCAAAAAGAGAACCCGACCGCGCGUUCCGACCGGAAGCAUGCCUUAUUCAUCGGCUGAGCCGGAUGGCGGCGAUUCGUUUUCUCUGGAAAAAACAGGGGGCGCCACUCGUUUCUCUGAGACGGACACUACUAGUGCGCCCGACGAUCCCCAUGACCCCGAGAGCACUAGAGGAAAUCGUGGCGGCAGCGAGGGGGGCCCGUCCGAUCGCUCCGGCCCCCGCACAUCUUCAGGUGUAAAGCCCAAGCGAUGGGCUAGCGGGUCUCCUCCUCGUGUGCUUCCCACGUUGUCUGAGGAUGAGGAGCUCCUCGACGGGUACACAGCAGGCGG